AUGGAGUUUGAGACAGAAGGAGAAGCCUUUAAAGUUUACAAUGCAUAUGCAUAUGGUGUUCUCUUUAGUAUUAGACGAAGUAAAUUUCAUAAAGAGAAAUGUAGGAAGUUGAGAGACAGACUUUUUGUUUGCUCUGCUGAAGGUAAGCGUGAAAAGAAUAAGUGUGAUGGCAGUGUGAAAUCUCAUCGUGCUGAGACAAGAUUUGGAUGUCUAGCAAGGAUGAAAAUUAGUUGUCGGCUAAAUGAUAAGUAUUGUGUUACUGAGUUUGUGCCUGAGCAUACGCAUGUUACUUCUAGUCCUUGUAAGACCCCAUUUUUUAGGUCACAUAGGAACAUGUCUCUUGCACAAAUAGUUGAAGCUGAUAUGGCUGAUAGUUCGGGGAUUGCUCCAAAAGCAACUCUAGAACUUCUGAGUAGACAAGCUGGUGGACGUCAGAAUCUUGGAUUCAUUUCUGUAGAUUAUAAAAAUUAUUUAUGUUCAAAGCGUACAAGAGAAAUGAGGGUAGGACAUACAGGGGGCCUGUUAGAAUAUUUACAACAAAUGCAAUUGAGUGAUCCCAAUUACUUUUAUGUUAUACAAGUGGAUGAAGAUUAUAUGAUUACUAAUAUCUUUUGGGCUGAUGCAAGGAUGAUGGUGGAUUAUGAUUAUUUUGGUGAUGUGGCUAUGUCUGGAAAAAAAUCAAUAAGUAUUCUGACAGACCAAGAUGCAGCAAUGGCUAAAGCGUUGCUUUCAGAGGGGCCAGAAACAUGUCACCGUUUGUGCAUUUGGCACAUAUACCAAAACGCAGCCAAGCAUCUUAGCAAUGCUUUUGAGAAGUUCAAAAAUUUUACCAAAGACUUUUGUAGAUGCAUAUAUGAUUAUGAAGAUGAAGAUGAUUUUAUAAACGCUUGGAAUAACAUGCUUGAAAAAUAUAAUCUCAAGGAUAAUGAUUGGUUGAGGCGAUUGUUUAAUUUAAAGGAGCAAUGGGCAUUAGUUUAUGGGCGACAAACUUUUUGUGCUGAUAUUACUACUACCCAACGCAGUGAAAGCAUGAAUAGUGCUUUAAAGAAGUAUAGGUUAGUUGAAGAUCAUCGUUAUCAAGAGUUGAAAGCUGAAUUUAGAGCAAGUCAAAGUUCACCUGCAUUGUCAUUUCCAGUGGAAAUAUUAAAGCAUGCAUCAAAUAUAUAUACACCAGAAGUGUUUAAGUUGUUUCUAGAUGAGUUGUGUAAAGCUCAUGAUUGUGUCUUGAAAUUCAAUGGAAUCUUGUGUGCACAUGCCUUAAAAGUCCUCUCAACAAGAAAUAUUAAAAGUAUUCCAGCUCAAUAUAUCUUGAAGAGAUGGACCAAAAAUAUUAAGGCUAAGAGUGCAAAAUUUACUUGCAAUGUCUCAAGUGAAAAUGACUCAAAAGUAGAAAUUGUCAGGCGUUAUAGAGAAUUAUGUCGGUUGCAUACUCAGUUAGCAACACGAGCAUCAGAGUCAAAAGAUGCAUAUGAAAGUGCUAUAUUAGGACUUAACAAUACGUUGAGAGAUGUGGAUGCGUGUUUGAAGAAGAAAGCAAGUCAAGAACCAACUCAGGCGAUCUCAACAACUACCAGUGCAUCUAAGCUUAAUGAGUAUAUUUGUAUUGACGAUGAUAUCAUUAAAUUUAGAGGAAUCAAAACUAAGACCAAAGUUGUUGGCAAUUCUAAAAGGCCAAAGAAUGCUUUGGAAAAGCUCACAAAGAAGAAAAAGCUUCGAAAUAAAGAAGAAUGUGCUCUAUUGGAACAUGAACCUGAUUCUCACAAUGAGACUAUUCACAUGCCAACCCAAUCUCAAGCAACAAUGGAUAUUUCACAGGCAGAGUUACCACAAGAAGAAGAAUUAAGCUUACUGAGCUCUGAAGGACUAGACCUGCUGAGCUCUGAAUUGACAUGUAGUGCCAAGACACAUGAUAUGGACGUCCAAGAUGUUGAAUGA